AUGGGCUCCAUCAGCGCAGAGGCGAAGCUGCCUUGGAUCGAAACCCCCCUCAUAUCCUCCCCUGAACUGUCCCGUGCCGCCGGCUGCAACAUCCUUCUCAAGCUCGAAAACCUCCAGCCCUCGGGCUCCUUCAAGUCCCGCGGCGUGGGCAACCUCGUGCUCCGCGCCGCCGCCGCCUCGGCGUCCCCCGACGUCCACUUUUACUGCUCCUCGGGCGGCAACGCCGGUCUCGCCUGCGCGACCUCGGCCGCGGCCCUCGGCCUCGCCGCCACCAUCGUGACGCCGACGCCGACGCCGCAGGUCAUGAUCGCGCGCCUGCGCCUCCUCGGCGCGCACGUCUCGCAGGUCGGCGACUCGUGGAUCGAAGCCGACCGGCACCUGCGCGCGAACCUGCUGGCGCGCGACCCGCACGGCGUCUACGUGCCGCCGUUCGACCACCCGGACAUCUGGGCCGGCGCUGCGACGCUCGUCGACGAGCUCGCGCGCCAGACGCCGCCGCAUGUCGACAUUGACGCCCUCGUCGCGUCUGUCGGCGGCGGCGGGCUCGUCAACGGCCUGCUGCAGGGUCUCGAGGACGUGGAGCGCGACGGCGGCGCGUCGGCGCCGUGGCCGCGCGGCCGCCCGCCGACCGUCGUGGCUGUCGAGACGCGCGGCGCCGAUAGCCUCCAUGCGAGCGUCGAGGCCGGACGCCUCGUCACGCUGCCGGCCAUCACGUCCAUCGCCACGAGCCUCGGCGCCGUGCGCGUGUCCGAGCGGACGUGGGAGGGGGCGCAGCGCAAGGCUGUGCUGGGCCCGCGCCGGCAGGCAGAGCGUGGGGGCGGCAAGAUGGCGCCGGCGGGGCUCGAAAGUCUCGUUGUCAGCGAUGCCGAGGCGGCCAUGGCGUGCGUGCGGUUCGCGCACGAUGCGCGCUUCGUCGUCGAGGUGGCGUGCGGCGCGACGGUUGCCGUCUGCUACAACGGUGCUUUGCGGGAGAGGCUCGGGCGCGGGCUGUCGGACGAUGAGUGGCGCAGGAAGAAUGUCGUCGUCGUCGUGUGCGGAGGGUCGAAUGUGAGUCUCGAGGUGCUCGAGGAGUACAAGGCUACGUAUGCGCACAUGGUCUGA